UGCCAGCAAAAAUAUUAUAUUUAUCCAAUUGUAAGGAUAAUCGGAUUUGUAAACUAUUCAGAUUUGCACAGCCAUCGCCUUUCUGUUUAUUUUUAGAAAUUGUAUGCGCCUCGCGGCUAAACGGGUGUAAUACCCGGCACCCUGGGUUGAGAUACAUCUACGUAAGCCAACCUACCUACCAGAGAUGAAAUUGUAUAUGUUUAUAUAUACAUAAAUAUAAAUACACACUGUAUUAAUAUGCCAUAAUGAGAACCUGCUAGAAUAGAGGGUUAUUAAUAUGUUGAUGUGAUACUCACGCUUCACAUCUAGACAUCAAGGGCUUCACAACGAUAUACUAUUAUAUCAUUUAAACCUGCCAUUAUAAAUUUCCCAAUGCUAUUGAUUAUUACACAGUGGCUAAUCAACAGAAGUUCAGUGGACAAAUGCCAGAAAAAAAAGAUACCGCCGCCGCGAAGCGCCAUUGAAAAAAACAGGCAUUCGACCCGCGACAUAGGUGCUAGUCAGUUUCUGGGCUUUUCCUUUUUCUCCUUCCAGAGAGAAAGCAAGCUGACACCAGAAACUUUGACAAUCUUGAAACGAACGCCCGGAAUGUCGCCCUUUGCUCGGCCCUUGCGACCAAAGCCAGCGAGAAGCACUUCGUCGUUUUCGUCUAUAAAGUUAAGACAGCCGUCAUUGGGGACUAUUAAACAAUCUAUUAGUGCAACUGGGGAAUCAUUCAAGCAUCACUAUGCUGCAAAACACGGACCAAAUGCUGUAACCUUUUUGCCAUUCUUAAUCAACUGAACGCGGACACACUUGCGAAUGGCAGAGUUGGGCUGCUUGGCCUCAACUCCGACUUUCUCAAGAACUAUGCCCUUGGCAUGGGACGAACCGGUGAAAGGUGACGACUUGAAUGUAGAGCCGAGAGCUACUUUUCGAUAGUCCUUGUUGGCCCAGCGCUGCUCUUUCUGGUUCAUGCGCAGCCGUCUAGCGGCGUUUAGUCCUCGCGGUCCUCUUGUCAUUUUCAGUGGCGUCUAGUACGGAAAGGAGAAGUGAAAAGAACAGUAAGUUCGUCUGUCGAGAUAUCAGUUUUGAAGUUGAUAAGAAGAAGCACUCGCACAAAAGAAGAAUACAGGCGAGGAUUAUAAGCUACAAAGGCAGCCCAGGCGCAGCGACUGGAUGCCCUGAAGGGGGCAUGAUACCCUAAAUCUACAGGAAAUUCUAGACGAAAAAUACCAAUAAACAUGGAUUUUGAGGACUUUAGCGACAAAGUCCUGCGCCUUCUUACGGCUUUGUCCACAGCGAGUGCUCGUCUCUCAGCUAGCCAUCCUUGAGAUCAUAGCCCUGCUUUACGGGAAACAAAAUGGCCUGAUAUUUGGAUUGAUCCCUGUUGGUGACCAUUUAUUAGCAUGUAGAUCCUUCCCAAAUAGACCAGAUGGCCAAAAUAUGGGGACUGUGAUUGGUAUCUCAAUAUCUGGGGAAUGCUCAUGACAUAUGCGGGAUUUGUUAUUGAGUAUCCUUCAGCUCAGCCUCGCAUGUGAUAGAGAUUUCAAUAUAGGUUUCAUACCGGCAAGGUCUAGAUCAACGCCCAAGGAAAAAUAAUAUGGGCGGCCGGUAAUCAUCGGCUUCCUAUGUCAAAUUGCGAAAAUUGCAGCUGUGCACAAAAUAAUUUUGUAGCCACAAAUUGGAAAUCGCCAAAAAUGAGGCGACAUAGACAUCAUGGCGCAUACUUGCAAUUGUUUGUUGUAGUAUACAAAGGAUUACUUUUAUUGAGUCUUCUUAUGUGGCCUUAUCCUUUGUAAUAUUGCCGUGGUAGGGAUAUCGUGGACAUAGUCGUGAAACUGAUGAAGGCUACACAGUCUUGGGUAUUAACUGUCAAAGCCACAAAGAGAAAUAAAUAUCCUUAGGCCACAAAAUGUCUCCCUUGGACACUCUUUGCGAAGUAUAUAAUGUUCUCUAUGUACAACGUUACCCCUGAAGCACUGCCAUGUCAUGUCGCUGGUCAUCAGCUAGCCUUUGUUUUAUGAAUCCUUGGCAGAAUUAUGAAGGGACAUAUACUAUCAAGCGCUCAACCGAGCGAUUACGUUGGAGCUAAUAUCUCUCUUCCCCAUGGUCCCUGGAUACAUCUCCUGGGCGGAGGGUAAGCAGCAUUGCUUCAAUAGCGACUCUCUUUGGAUAUGUCAAAUAACAUUUACCGCCAGAACUGGAGGACUAGCCGCAUCUCUAUUUACCACUUUAGACCUCAAAGUCUCACAAUAUCGGUCGGCAGUAUUCAACUCAUAUUUCAAAGCGGCGUAUGCGAACGAUGUGCACCUUCUAGGUCCAACUACCUCAUCGACAAUUAGAAAUACACCUUUAACAUACUUUAAACGAGCCUCAUCUUCCCUGAAAGCCAGAUUUGCGAACGGAUUGACCACCUUAGCGCCGUCUACAGCGCUGAGCUUCUUCAUUUACGGCACGUGCAAAACAUAUGGUGCGCAAAUACUCAAAAUGGACGAGAACGCUGCGAUGAUUCAUGCACAAGCUGCUCUUCUAGCAGGAUUCGUAACUCCAGCCGUUAUGAGCUCGAUGCAAGUAUACAAGAAGCAAUUCCGCUCAGCCUACACGCAUCUUAAGAACCCUUCAAAAAUUCCGCGACUUAAGCUUAUGCCCGUUCGCUUGCUGAUUUCAAAUGCUCUGGCAUGUCGUGGCCUGUGGCAAAACAGCUAUCCCGGCGCUGCCAAGCUGGUCAUUCAUAUGACGCUAUAUGAGAGAUUCAAAGCAACAUGGCUUAGACGUUUAGAGGAUGAUCAUUGCCAGGACUACAACACUAUGCGUGCGAUCAGAAGCUACAUGGGAAUUGGAGCAGCAGCAGGCUGUGCUCAAACUGCGGCGGUCAUGCUUAGCCAUCCACUUUAUAUAUCUCAAGCAGUACUAAAGCAGUCGAGUUUGCAACUAGGUCUGCCUACUUACUGGAUGCCGAAUAGUUCACCGCUACCCGCUCGGGUCAUUCAUUGUUAUGGAUAUCACUGUCACAGCCUGCUGCUCCAUUUGAUUACCUCGGUACCAGGCGCGAUAGUGAUGUUCGGCGUAUAUGAGCUUAUUAUUAAGAUAUAAUGCGGAGAUAUGAUGCGAUAGGGUUAAAUCUUCAGCUUACAAAUUUUAUCAGUGCUUUGCAUUCUUCUUACUAUAUUCCAGACAGUCCAUGUCCCUGGAGAGACUGCUUGGCUAAUAGUGUAUAACAGCAUCUUGAGUACUAUAUUCUCUACAUUGUUUGCUUUUGUUAAAACUUUACCAAUCGUCACUUUCUAGAAUCCAGCCAUUCUCCAUCCUGGCUCUUAAAAUUCGACAUUGCAGAAUUUGCUCUUCAUCACGAGGUUCGUGGGCUAGUUGUCUGACCAAAUUUCGCUCUAUAACCUCUUUCGUGUAGUAUCGCUGACCAUCUGGGAAAUCAACGUCCCAGUUCUGGUCCUCAUACGUCCAAUUUGACCAAUAUCUGUCUACCAGAGUAUUGGAAUCCUCAGUAUCAUGUAUAGCACCGACGUUGAACGCUAAUAUUUCGAGGUAGAUAGCCUCGGCGGAUGUAUAUAUGUCGGGAUAGUUCACACAUAAGAUCCAGUUUGCCAUUGCUUCUUCCAAUUGGGAGCUCAAAAAUGUGCCAUUGACAAUGCUUUCUCGGUAAGAGUCAUACUCGUCAAUUCCCAUGUAAUCGAGGCUGUAGUCUCUAAAAAUAUCUCGGCCGAAUUGCAUAUAGCCUGGUUUAUAAAAGCGCCUCUCCUGAUAGCUUUCCGAAACGCCUUUGGGUACGGAGCGGUAGAUCGAAAGUCCCUUACAGUCUGCCGGUGGAGGGAUAGGCUUGUUGUGUUCAUCAUAUUCAAGCUUACAGAAGUUGAGAAACAAUAUAUCUGUAACCCACGAUGCAGACGAGAGACGGUAAGCAUCAAAUGUCUCACUGCAAAAAGCUUCAAUAUUCUUGAAAUUUCGUUGGGUGUUUGAGUAACGAUCUGUUGCUUUAGGUGUCGAGGUGUUGCUCUCCGGCGCCUUAUCGUUCACAACAACUCUUUCUGUAACAGCCAGCUCUCUAUAAUGAUCGACACGAGGUAGAGUAGGAUCUUGCUUGAUAGAGAAGAUACCAAAGGCAAUCAUGGUGAUUGCCAUAAAUAUAUGCCAAUGAGUGUGAGAACAACUUUUGUCUUGAUAUCGUGCCAUCUCAACCCACUCUUCAGGGACGGCAGUUGUCCAAGGGCGAAUGAUGCGUAUGUUUAUGGUAAGCUUCUGUAGAUGAGUCGGUCGAUAUGGAAAAUGUAUCCAGUUUGGGAAGACUCCAAUGCCUCUAACCAACAUAACAUCCAACGUAAACGGCAUGUCGCAGGUGCCAGAUUUCAGUUCUUCAAUAACUUGAUCGGUUUCAUUGCGCAGCUGAACAUUCGUCGCUCGUAGCGCUUGACCUCUCACAUAUUCAUACUUAUUCUUAGAGACGUAGAGGUUUGUCAAUUGGGGGAAAUUCGAAUCAAAACAGUUGCGAAGGCGUACACGACUCGUAAUGAAUUGUUCAUCAAAGCAAGGUAGAGCUGGAUCGCUGCACUGUAGAAUGUCAAGAAUUAUCUGGCGUCGAAGCUCCCAAGGCAGGCUCAGUAUUCCCGUAGUAGGCUGAAUUCCUACCAUUUUUGGCGGGAUGGUGUUGAAUGUAUUUGUUUCGCACCGAUGGUG